AUGAAGUCCACCAUCCUCAUCAGUGCCCUUGCGGCAGCCACCCACGCCUAUGACCUCGACAUGUCUCCGCCUCACCCAGACUACAUCUUCGCCAACCCUACCGUUGAGACUGCCGACCACCGUAUCCCCACCGCUCACGAGUCGGCCGUCAUGGGCCGCCGCAUUCUGGCCCUCACGAAGCUGGGCCAUCUCGCCACCGUCUUCCCCUCCUCGUCCUCCUCCUCCACGCGUGACCACGACGACGAGACCGAGGCUCAAGACUGGCGACGUCCCGCCGGCCUCGAAGGUGCCCCCCAUCGGCAUGAUGGACUACGUCGCCGACUGCGAGUCCGAAGGCAACCCCACCAUCCUCGCCAUCAACAUCGCCACGACCUUCCAGAACAUCCGCGCCGACUCCAACCUCUCCGUCUCCCUGGCUCAGGCGGGCCCUCUUCUCCCAGGGCCCUGCCUGCUCCUCUUCCUCGCACGAUGUACGACGACGGCGAAAAGUGCCAGUUCCGCGACGACGAGCACACCCGCGGCCUCCCCCGCGACACGGUCCCCUACUCAGCCGCCAACCUCCCCCGCCUCUCCCUCAUCGGCUACCUUGAGAAGAUCGACGAAGCCUCCGACCCCCUCGUCGCCGCCCGCCUCGCCGCCUGCUUCGUGCGCACCCACCCGGACGCCAAGUACUGGCUUCCCGGCAACCGCAUCCACGCGAGCGAGUGGGCCCGCCUCGUCGUCACGUCCGUCUACUGGGUCGGCGGCUUCGGCGACCGCGCCUACAUCGGCUGGCUGCCCGUCGACGACUGGCACAGCAUCACCCGCGACGAGUGGCAGGCCAUCGAGCUGCCCGGUGAGCGCGAGGGGUGGAGGGAGUGGAGCGUCCCCGGCGACGAGGAGAAGCAAUUCGCCGUCGACCUCUAG